AUGCGAUCCACUUUCCUUUCUACCCUCGCGGUGGCACUGGCCGCUGCUACUGCCGUGAGCAGCACUCCCCUCCCCGAGCGGGAAGUAUCCACUUCGACGCUCAACAUCGCCAAACGCGCCACGCCUCUCACUCGCGAUGGUCUGCUCAGCGAAAUCACCCGGCUUCGUUACAAGUACGUUCGUAAUCUCGUCAACUACCAGCACAACACUGGCGAGACCAACCCUUUGCUGAACGCCACGAGCACAGUCAUCCAGGACAUCCUUGGCCAAGUUCAGUCUCGGCUUGCUCACACCAAGCGUGCAACUGGUACGGUCAGCCUCCAGGAUGUCAGCAAUCAGCUGCUCUGGAAGGGACCCUUUACGGCAGGCAGCAACACCGCCCAGCUCGACUUUGACACUGGAUCGAGCGACACAUUCUUCCAGCCUGGCAAGUACAACCCUGGCUCCACCGCCAAAGACACUGGCCGCAAUUUCACCGUGCGAUACGGUGAUGGCACCCAAGCUACUGGCGAAAUCUACACGGACAACAUCUCCGUUGGUGGUCUGACUGCCACCGGCCAAGCCAUUGGCCAAGCUCGUCAGUCCACACUGGAUGCAUCUAGCUCUGACGGUAUCUCCGGCAUGGCUUUCCCGAGCAUCGCCCAAUUCAAGGCGGAUCCAUUCUACGUCAGCUUGAUCAAGCAGGGCAAGCUCGACAAGCCGCAAUUCGGAUUCGGUCUCUACCCUCAAGGAGCCCGUCUGGACCUCGGCUUCUUCAACUCUGGCAGCUACAAGGCACCUCUUAAGUUUACGAACGUGAACAAGGCUCAAGGAUUCUGGCAAAUUUCUGGAGCAAAGCUGAACGGUGCGUCUCUCGGAGACAACGUCAUCGUCGACACCGGAACAACCAUUGUCCUCGGGCCCCCGCUUCAAGUCGCUGGCAUUUGCUUGGCAGCUGGCGGUGUUCCUCUUUACCAGGGUGGAGAGGUGCUCUGCGGUUACGCCAUCGGCACGCCCAAGUUCACCUUCAACGUUGCUGGUCUCGAUGUGACGCUGUCUGAGCAAUCUCAGCUGCUCACCAACCAAGGCUUCUUCAAGAUUGCAGGCAUUGUCGGUGCUGACAUCGGACUUCAAAACGGCUGGAUCCUCGGUGACACGUUCUUGCAAAACGUCUACGCUGGCUUCGACUACUCUGCAGGCGGUGCCAACCCCCGCGUUGGUUUCGCACUCAAGAAGUGA